GUAUAAAAAUCAGAAUCGGAAGCUUCGAGUUUUACUUGAGGAGAAAUCCAUACACACGCAAAGAAGAAUCUCAUCACGAGUUUUUGAGCUAUGGGUUGGGUUUGGGUUGACGAUUCGUCCGCAUCUAAAGCCGGUAACGAUCUCACCGAUCAGCCACUCGGUGAUUCCGCCGUCGCCGACCGAAAUUGCUCAACCACCACGGUGGUAAGAUCGCAGUGCAAUACAGAGGAGGUCGAGCCUGGGAAGUUCGUCAGGAAAUGCGAUAAAACUGAGGAGGUUCUUCGCCACUGUCUUGGCAAGCCCUCUGAAGUCGUCCAGUCCAACACAGUGCACACAGAAGAGGAUGUGACAAACCAGAUGGUGGGGAGACCCGGUCUGUUUGAGGAAAAAAAUCCACUAAACUUCCCAGGACUCCGCGGGGAUGUAGACGCCAUCGAACGCCAUUUCAUGAGCGGAAUGAAGAGUUUCUUUGAUGCAGCUGAAGAGAUGACAAGCAGCUUAUUCGAUAUCAUGGGAGACCAUAACCCAAGCAACAGGAGAGGGAUACCCAUUGAAAACCAUCCAAAGGUAGAGGAGCACCACAAUGACGAAAACGCCCCCAGACGACCACACUCGGGAGAGGUUGAUCUCUCGGGCUUGGCCAAGGACGUUUGAGAAAGGUCAUCCAUCUACUUCUUCUUCUAUCGUUGGCUAUAUAUAAUCUUAAAAUGUAAUGUUUGACUUUCGAAGAAGCGUAGGGGAUUGUGGACUACUAAUGUUAGCGGCUUGCACGUUUUGGCCGAGUGGUUACUACUAUCAUCUAUCAUCCAUACUUAUAUUAAUAUGGUGUUAUUUUUGUCUUUCUUAAUCACCAACCAAAAUAUAUUACUGAUCACA